UUCACUUUUAUUGUAUUCUGCUACUACUAUUGUUUCUUUGUCCUCAGCUGCUGCACCAUAGUCCAAAGUCCAAACCAUGUCUUCUUCUUGUUCUUCUCCUUCUUCUUCUUGGUUUACAUUCAUAUCUUGUUUGACCAUUUUCUUCCUGCUUAGUAAUUCUGCAAGUUUUGCAGCAAAACCUCACCGCCAACUCUCAGUUGAUUACUAUGCAAAAUCAUGUCCCCAACUCGAAAAACUGAUCGGGUCCAUCACAUCCCAACAGUUCAAAGAGGCACCAGUUUCUGGUCCAGCAACCAUUCGCCUCUUCUUCCAUGACUGCUUUGUAGAAGGCUGUGAUGCAUCCAUAACCAUAACGUCACAGCAGGGGAGCAAAGUUCUGGCAGAGAAGGAUGCACCAGAUAAUAAGGACCUGAGGGUGGAAGGCUUUGAAAGUGUGAGGAAAGCAAAGGCUUUAGUAGAGAGCAAGUGUCCUGGUGUUGUGUCUUGUGCUGACAUACUUGCAAUUGAAGCCAGAGAUUAUGUCCACUUGGCAGGGGGUCCCAACUAUCAAGUUAAGAAAGGGAGGUGGGAUGGAAGAAUAUCAAUGGCCUCAAGAGUGGCUUCCAAUAUUCCCCAAGCAAAUUUCACAGUUAAUCAGCUACUCAAGCUCUUCAAUUCAAAAGGACUGACACUUGAAGACCUUGUUGUUCUUUCUGGUGCACAUACAUUCGGGUAUGCGCAUUGCCAGAACUUCAUAAGUAGGCUCUAUGACUACCGAGGCUCGAAGCAGCCUGACCCGGUUAUGGACCCGAGACUUCUAAGGGCGCUAAGAAUGUCAUGCCCACAUUAUGGUGGAAAUACUGACAUUGUUGCACCAUUUGAUGUCACUACUCCCUUUGUGUUUGAUCAUGCCUAUUAUGGUAAUCUAGAGGCCAAGUUGGGAUUGCUAGCUUCAGACCAAGCUUUAGCUUUGGACCCAAGAACCAAGCCUAUUGUUCAAGCUUUUGCAAAAGAUAAAGCCAAGUUUUUCCAAGCUUUUGGGGUGGCUAUGGAGAAGAUGGGUUCAAUAGGUGUGAAGAGGGGAAGAAAACAUGGGGAGAAAAGGAAAGACUGUAGUAUGCAUAUGUAA